AUGGCUUCAACACUGUCUCUCUACCUCAUGUGUCCAGUGUGUUUGAGUGACAUCAAUGAUCCAGUAAGUUUACCUUGUGAGCAUGUGUUCUGCCGACAGUGUAUUACAAGUUAUUUGGAAUUACAUGAAGGUGCUCACAAAUGCCCGGAAUGCAGACAAAACUUCACCAGACAAGAUCUUAAAGGUAACAACCGAGUGCUGAGAAAUGUUGUGGACAUCUUACAACAACAGCAACAACUCAAGACAAGACAACAGACUCCAAGGAAUGCUCAAGAAAUGCUAUGCUCUGAGCAUUUAGAACCACUAAAACUGUUCUGUGAGAAUGACCAGAGAUUGGUUUGCCUCAUCUGCAAGGAAGGAGAGAAACACAGUGAACACAGUUUCAAGUCUGUAAAAGAAGCUAUGGAGAUCAGUGAGAAGGUGGUGAGAGAUGCGUUGAGAUUUAUUUUACAUGACAACAAACAAAUGGGUGACAUGAUCUUGAGUCUUUAA